AUGGUACAUUUUAAGGCACCUACUACCAACAAGGACAAAUGGAAUGUGAAUGACAUAAUUGACAAAGAUUUACUCGAGAGCUUAACAUCUCAUGACAAGGAUGCGGACGUUCCUCCAGAGUAUGUUGAACCAAACAAACCAUUGCAACCAGAACUAACUCAGGACGAAAAACAAAAACUGAAGGAAUUAAUUCAUCGCAUUGGUGAGCUACAAAAAGAAUUAGAUCAUCAAAAAGACUAUGAAAAACAUUUGAAAGACUUGGAGAAAAAAAUAACAACACAAACUAAAUAUGCUACCAAACCACCUGAGGCGAUGCAAACUUAUCUACUUGGUAAAGAUGAGUUAGUUACUAAGCAUUUGAACGAUCAACAAACCCUUCCCGACUAUUAUGUCUACAAAAUACCAAGACUUUUCUUUUAUGAACAAGAAUCACAAUACAAUGCUAGUUUGACCGGUCUUCCAACGCAUCAUCAUGAAUUUGAAUUGGUAUUACAAAGAAUCUCAUAUCUGUCGCAUGAAACAGAAUAUGUCAAAUAUAUGUACAAGUGGGAAGUGGCAGAAACUGUACAAUCAGUAAUUAAGAUUAUCACUAAACCUGAGAAACCGCUUCAAUCAUCCCAAACUUGGCAACAUUAUACAAACUAUUUCAUGCAAAUUUUAAAAGAUAAAAAACAACAGCAUAUCGAACACUUUGAUGAAUACAUAACCAACAAAUCAAAAUUAUUAACAGAUCAAGUAAUCACUGACACAAAUUUCAAGCCUCGUCCAGAACUAGAAAAAAACGUAGUUCAUUACAAGAAAUCAAAUUUAUUUACAGAUGAAAUGGAAAAAAUCAAAUAUGAAGCAUUUGUUGAAUUUAUUAAACAGCAGAUUUUUCUACCACAACAACAAAUCGAUAAAGAACCAUCGAAAGAGUCGAUUAAAGUUUUAAAUGAUUUUAUCAAAAAAAAGAAAGAAGAAUUGCGCACAGAACGAAUUUAUAAAGGUUUGAAUGCAAAACAUUUCCAAUUGAUAUCAAAACUAUUACAAAGCAUUACAUUGUACUAUCAUUGUUUUCAAUUACAAUUACCACUGUUUGAAUCAGCUCCGGACUUGCUGAAAAAAAUUGAUGAGAAUACAGUUACUACAAUUUCAACAUCGACUGGAUCGGGUAAGUAA